AUGCGCGUCCUGCUGCUGACCUUGGGCCUGGCACUGCUCUGCCCCAGCCUCCAGGCACAGGGGGAGCAGGCGUCGGCGCUGUCCGGCAGCUGGUACACGGGAGCGCAGGCCAGCAACAACUCGGCCUUCCUCAGGCCUGGCGGGCCUUUCAGGGUGUACGUGGAGACUCUGGACAUGAGCGACGGCAACAUGCACGGUGUCCUUCUCCUGCGGGAGGACGGUCAGUGCAAGAGAGUCGCUGUCACCGCCUUCAAGACGGACGUGGAGGGCGAGUUCAGCCUGGACUUUCGCGGACACAGCAAGCUGCAUGUGGUGGAGGCGGAGCCCGACAGCUUCCUGGUGCUGUAUAAGAUCAACGAGUACGAGGGCCAGACCAGCGUGCUGGCUGAGCUGCUAGUCCGGGAGCCCGUCACCCAGGACAGGAUCCGGGCCAGGUUUGAGAGCAUCUGUGAGGAGCUGGGCCUGAGCAGAGAGCAGAUCCUGCUCCUGGACCACAAGGAUCGCUGCCAGGAGCUCAGGACCGAAACACCUGCGACAGGGAACUGAGGACCGUGGUCAGCUACCGAC